AUGCCCAGCUUCCACGUGUACCCGCAGGCCUCCCGCCUCUCCGGGGAGUGCUCGCCCGACGUGAGCGUGGUGGUGCCUUCCACGCCCGCGCCUGCGUCCAUCGACCUCAACGCCACACCGGUGGUCGGUGGCUCGUCAUCGAGAGGCACGAGGAAACGCGCGAGGCGGAUGCCAGCCAACGUGCUAUCGAACGCCCGCAACCUGUUCAAUGGAAUGCCGGCCGCCGGCGACAAGGACUACAUGCAAAACCUCAUCUUCGAGGGUGAUGUGCCAGCCGCUGGCUACAAUCUGGACGAGACACAAAGCCAGGACGGCCGCGGGGCGUUCACGCUGGCUGCUAGCUAUGAUCACGAUCAGGCGGCUUUCACACGUGAUCAGGUUGACAUGGACCUGGACGACUUCCCACUUGACCACGGGUUUCCAGACGACUAUGGGCAAGAAGAAGAGGACGAGUGCAACAUCGAAGUGGAGCCUUUGUUCGAGGACGAGCUCGCCAACCAAGCCACCGGGCCUAAGCCGAAGCGCAAGAGUAAGCGGACGAAGACAUACACGGCGGCCGAGGACAAGCUUCUUUGUGAGUGUUGGAUUAUCAAAGACGAGGAGAAGUUCAAGGCGCAAUAUGCCGCCCUCAAGUCGCGUGGGGGGAAGCAAGCCAUGGAGGAGGUUGGGGACAGCGAGCCGGCAUGGUCGUGGGGGAAGACCAACUCCAAGAAGGAGGACAAGCGGGAUGUGGCAUCGAACGCCUUGAUCGCAAGCGUGGAGGGCAUGAUGAAUAAGAAGGACUCAAGGAAGGAGGAGCAUCGACGUUUCAAAGAAGAGCAAAUGAACGCCUUCAUGGAGAUUUAA